AUGAGGGGAAAGGGAGUGUCGAGAGAUUGUUCUUGGCGUAGAACUCGAUCAGGGAAGAAAACGAUAGGGGGCCGCGAAGGUCAAGGGAGUCUUGAUAAUAUUGUUGUGAUUGAUGUUGAUAGUGAUGAGUUUGAAAACGUUAUUAUCGUUGACGUUCCAGAGUCUUUACAACAGAAGCUAAGAGGUUCUAGUGCUGUUAGAGAAGGAACAAGAUCUCCAUGCAUAAUAAGCGUUGAUGAUGAUGAUGACGACGACGACGACGAUGAAGAAGAAGAAGAUGAAUGUUAUACAGUGGAUGAUCAUGAAAUUAAUGAGCAAGUUGAUGGUAACUUGGAUAGUGAUGGCACUUCUAGUCCAAGCAGUCCUGCCUCUGAUCAUAUCGAGAAACCUGUUCACAGGGAUGCUGAUGGUUGUCGAGUUGCUGAGGAGAAUAGACCUGUGUUCAAGCUGAGAAAGUGCAAUAGAACUUAUGCUGAGAAAGCUACCUCUAGAAAUCGUUAUGGUUUAGAUUCAGAUGCUGAGAAAGCUACCUCUAGAAAUCGUUAUGGUUUAGAUUCAGAUGCUGAGAGUGAUUCGUCUGAAGAUAAUACCUCUGAUUGUGAAGUUAUGGAAGGUUCUUUUGGAGAGGUUCGUGAACAGUGGGAAAAGGCUUCCCUAAAGAGAAAAUCCAUGCGCUGUAAAGGUCUGGAUGAUCAGGCUAGUCCAUGCAGUUCUCACAGUGAUGUUCAUCCAAAUGUUGAAGUAGAAAACAAGACCAAACAAAAUUCAGAACCUGCUGUUUGCUCUAGUUCAAGAAAUGUAAAUUUUGGGAAAGUAAACUCUUGUGCCUCCAAUGAUGCUGGAGAUGGAGUUUUAGGUGGGUUUCCUGCCAGUGCCAAGAUGGGAAACCCUUUUGCAAAAUGUAAUCAGAAAGGCGAAAGCUUUUCAGGGUCAUGGAAAUCGAGAGCAGAUGAGAAUAUUCAUUUUCAUUGGACUGGUGAUGAUCUUUUUGGAGGAGAGACAUUCACAGGUGAUGGUGAUAUUUCCUGUAACAAGUUUCAAACUGUAAAUGGCCCUGGCAUUAAGUUUCCUCCAGGACCUUCUUCACAGUCCAAUCAAGUUAAGGAUGAUAAACAAUAUCAUGAUAGAACAUGUUUUCAUUAUAUGGAACAAAACACCACGACAGAGCAUUCUUUUCCAAAUACCCAAAGAGGGCCUAGCUUGUACUCAGAUGACGGGAAAGCAAGUGAUUUGAAUGACAAUGACUCUUUGCCUGAUGGUCACCAUUUUGAUGAGAUACAUAAUGUUAAUAACAGUCAAAUUGGUUCAAAGGAGGAAGAUAAAGAAUUUACUCAGGUGCUAUCUAGUUGCAAGACUUGUUCUAAUGAUGGAAGAUGCAGAGAGAAGUUUGUGUCUUGCACUCAAUCAUCUGAGGAUAAAGUGGUUGAAAAUGUUGUAGCUCCCUCAUGGACUACACAAGAAGUCAGUGAUGAGAAAUCUGAUCACUAUGAAAGAGCUCCUAGGGAGAAGUCUUCACAAUGUCAUGACACACUAAGUAAGCGAGGGAUAUCAAAUUCUGCAGAAGGAAAGGAGGCAUUUACUGAUUUUGCAUCCAGCAGUCAACCUUGUUAUGAAAGGGAUCCAUUAUGUGCUUCACACGGUGAUCUUUUGCUUUCUGCUGAAAGAGAUAUAAUCAAUGAGCGAGAAAAGCUCAAGGAGACUGAUGAAUACAAGCAAGCAAUAGAAGAAGAAUGGGCUGCUAGACAGCGACAGCUACAGAUUCAGGCAGAAGAGGUUCAGAGAUUGCGGAAGAGAAGAAAAGCUGAAACUUUACGUAUUCUGGACAUGGAGAGAAGGCAAAAACAGCGCUUGGAAGAAGUGAGAGAGACACAAAAGAAGGACGAGGAGAAUUUGAACAUGAAAGAGAGAUUUCGUGUUGAAGUAAGGAAGGAGCUUUAUAGAUUGGAGGUUACAUGCUUUAACAUGGCAUCAUUACUUCGUGGCUUGGGAAUCCAUGUAGAAGGUGGCUUAAAACCCUUGCCAAACCAGGUGCAUGCAGCUUAUAAGCGAGCCUUGCUAAAAUUACAUCCUGACCGUGCAUCAAAAACUGACAUUCGUCAGCAGGUUGAGGCUGAGGAAAAAUUUAAGCUUAUUUCUCGCAUGAAGGAGAAAUUUUUGUCCACUUCAUAUCACUGAGUUGCAAUAAAAGGUUAAAACACCACUAAUUUUGUUCAUUUGAAUUGCUUCUCACUUGAAACGUGCAGAAUCCUUUUUAUGGUUUUCAUCAUUCUGUUGCCAGUCUGGCGAAGAGGGAAAUCAUAUUUGUGAAGCAGUUAUAAUAUUAUGUGAUCAGAGAAUUGUCUUAGAGUGUCCUUUCCACAUGUUAUGGGUCUGUCAAGAAUAGAGUUUGUAGCACUGUGUCAGUUUUUCGAGGAGAUUACUUGUGUCUAUACCCAGUGGUCGUAAUUUUUCAUUUUGCAGUUAGCAUAGUUUCAAUUCAUUGAUGCUACUGAUUAAAAUUUUGUAUAAUAAUUAUAAAAAAAAAAAUUGCGAAUGCUGCUCUACUUCUGCAGCUUUUUUACAUCCAAAGCUUGGUGCAUGUAUGUCAGCAAGAUGGACCUGGUGUUUAGCUUUGAUGGAAUGAUUGGGACUUGAGAUGAAGUGUUUAAGUGAUGCCAUCGGGACUGAGGUAGGUCUUUGAUUCAUUUUUUACAAUGUAAAAUAAAAGAUCAGCUUGUUAAACUAAAUGUGUUUAUGAUUCAAUUUGUGUUGAAAAUAUUAUACUUGCUGCAGCACCUAACAGUUUACACUGUUGUGCAAGGAAAUUAAACAACAGUCGGAAGUGUUACCAUCUAGUAAGAUAAUAAAAGUAAACUUAUGUAUUGGUAUCUCGAAAAUCAGGAGUUGCACAUGUAGGAUUAAUGAUGUAUCAAUUCAGUUAACUUGAGUUAACUCGGUUUUUUUUUUAAUUUUUUUAAUCAAUUUUUUAUUUUCAGUUUUACAUUUCAUUGUUUUAUUUAAUUUUUUUUGUACGGAGUUAUCUUGAUUUCACAUCUAGAUCGUGAAUUUAACAUGUUGACUUAAGUUAGGUUUUUUGUUUUCUUUUAAAAUCGAUUUUUUUUAAUCUAUCAUUCACUAUUUGAUUUGAUUUGGUUUGGUAUGGUUUGAUUUGGUAUUUGAGCUUUAGAUUAUUUUUUUUUAUAUGUAUUUAGUUAUCCCAUAUUCAUUUUUUUCUUUGUUAUUAAAUAGAUUUCUUCUAAGGGUAUUUUUUUAUUAUAUUAGAAAAUAUUUUUUUUAAUCAUUGUUAUUUUUUUUAUCAUUUUUUUAUAUAUAAUUAUAUUAUUAAAUUAAUCAAGUUUAUUAAAAAUACUCAAAUUAAUACGUGAAAUCCUAAAUUUUUUCUGCUUGUUUAAAAUAUUAUCAUUGUCUAAGUAUUUAUCUAUUUUUUGUUAUGAAAAAUAUAACUUGGUCGGUGACAUAGCAUAAGCCACCCUGAAGAUAUUCGAGCACUUCCGUUCUAGCUCUCUUGCAAGAAGAACAGUCCUAGUAAGCUAGCUCGCGGCUGUUUCCUGCCCCGCAACGUAAAAAGUCUUGCACUCAUCAAUCAGAUCAUUUAUCGAUAUCUUCUUGCUCCUAUCUUCAUCCUGAUAUGCCUUUAGAAGUUGGCCGAAGAAAUCAUGUCCGUAACCAUCCAGUUUUCCUGAACUUGCUUCUUCCUCCCUUUUUUGCAUCGUUUUUAUGAAGUCUUCGAUGCUUCCUUCCAGAUACUCUGUCUUAAUAAAUCUUCUGCUACAGCGGAUAACUCCAACAAGUUGUUCAAAGAACAGAACUUUGUACAUGUAAAAUAACGCGAGGAGAUACUUUUGUUUCAAUUGUUUUAUAAUUCCGUUCUUUCUUUCUAUAA